GCAAUGGAACUUUUUCAUUUUUUAAUUUCUUUUCAUAUUCUUAUUUCCCUUGUUCGAUUAGUACACGAAACAACAAAAAGUCGCUGUUGAUUUCCAGAAUCAACUUCUUCCUGGAGAAAGGGUUCUUCAGUCUCUGUAAUUUGAAAUGCACAGGGUCAGGGUAGCCAGCUUUUACAUAAAGCUUCAACCUUGAACCAAGGCAAGCCUUCAGUUGCUCAAAAAAGUCAACUGGGCUGAACCAAGUGAGUGUUGUUUAAAGAGAGAAAUGAACUCCAACAUGCCUCAGCACCAAAUUGUGCAAUCCCCAGCUAGGCUAGGCCUGGCAAAUCCCACUUCACCAUCUCUUCAAAACCCUAAUCCUCCAAAACCCCCUUCACAGCAAUCCAAUGCAUCUUCGACUCUUAUCUCUCUUCUCCCACCCCUCCCUAGAGCACAGUCCCUUCUUGUCCAAAUGGCCUCUCUAGCCUCCAAGCUCUUUGAAGUCUCGCCUAAUCGGUCCCUCUGGCUCAAUGCAUUCCGUGGCUCGCUCCCAACCUUUCUGCCUUCCCAAAACCAAUCAGUGCCCAUAACCCCACUUGACUCCAAUCCUUCCUCCACCAAAGACAUUCUGUCCCAGUUCACAGUGCUUCAAACCCAACUCUUUCAGGCUGUUGCCGAGCUGCAGGAAAUUCUUGAUCUUCAGGACUCUAAGCUGAAAAUUGCACAGGAAAUCCGGUCCAAGGAUGCUGCACUUCUUGCCUUUUCCAAGAAACUCAAGGAUGCCGAGCAGAUUCUUGAUAACCUCGUUGAUGACUACUCUGACUAUCGCCGCCCCAAACGGCCAAAACUGGAGGAGGAUGAUGCAGAAGAUGAGGAAUCUUCAUGCGCUACUACUGUUACAUCUAAGUUGAAGUUAUCAGAUAUUUUGUCAUAUGCCCACCGGAUAAGCUACACAACCUUUGCACCGCCAGAUUUUGGUGCCGGGCAAGCUCCUCUUCGUGGGGCACUACCACCUGCACCACAGGAUGAGCAAAUGCGUGCUUCUCAGCUAUACCAUUUUGCAAACCUUGAUGUGGGAUUACCUAAGACAGUUGAGAGCGAGGAGAAAACAAUUGAAACAAUUAUUGAGCCCCCACCUCCACAACCAACAGAAUACAAUCAACAUGCUGGCAUGGUUCCAUUUCAGGGUAUACUUCCUCCAAAUUUCACAAUUCCGUCAGGUUGGAAGCCAGGAAUGCCUGUGGAAUUGCCAACUGAUUUACCUGUUCCCCCACCUGGAUGGAAGCCUGGGGACCCAGUGCCUUUGCCCCCAUUGGACAAUCUCCCCAUACCUUUACCCCCACAAACACGGACUAAUGCUCCUCAAGGAAUACAUAAACCACCAGAGACAAUACAGGUUCAGCACGUUCAGCUCGAUAUUCUGGAUCAAGACGAUGAUAGUAGUGAUUAUAGUAGCGACGAGGGAAGCUCUGAAGAUGAUGAUUGAUAGUAGUGUCUCAAAAAAAGGUGUAGAGAAUGAUUGGAGGUCGAUGCUAAGAGUGAACUUUAUCAGCUUAGAAUCAUCACAUAACACUUGAUAUGAGAUUUAUGUAUAUCUGUAAUUUCUAGAGUAGAGCUAGUUCUUUAGUAUGUAGUAUGUACGUAAGAGUUAAUAUCCCAACUCAAAUGCUGUUGUUGAUCUUGAGGUCUCUCCAUCAUUCGGUAGAGGACCUCAGGAGUUGUCAAGUUUGCAGUCAUGCGUUAUGAUAAACAAAUCCUCCAACUCUGAAAUUC